GGUUUCACGCUAAUUAGUCCGAUUCAAUGGCUUUAAGUAUGAAAGUAGAACCCGUGACGGUCAUGAGAACUCCUUCCCAACAGUUUUUUCUUCUCUGACUCCAAGAUUUGAGCUGAGAGGGAGAGCAGAGAAAAGCGGCGGUUGAAAGCAGUGUAGAUUGGAGACUGUAGGGGACUCUUCGCAAUUGAAUUAUCUAAUUGGCCUAAGCAGACUGUGGACUUCAAAAGGAUGCCACGUGGAGACUUUAACGUUUAUUUCGCAAGCAAGGGCCGUGGCUUUGUCCGGGCUGAAGAGGCGGUGGGCAUUGCCCUGCUGGUGGUAAUCCUGGCCGCUCUGCUGAUCCUGGGGUGCUGGUACUUCAGGAGGAGGAGUGGCUACAAGAUGAUCAGGAGCCCCAGAUCCGGCCCCCAGACAUGGAGCGCAGGACAGUACACCGAAGGAGGAGCAGCCGCAGACAACAAGAUGGCUCUUACAGAGUUUGUCAGCCUCCAGCCUGCGGUCCCCAAUGCUCCACCAGCCUAUGAGAAGAUCUCCUCAGGACUGCUACCUCCACCCUACUCCCCCUGAAGAGCCUUCUCCACCCUUGGACACCCCCACACAGACCACCAAGAUCUACAUAACUCACUUUUAAUGCCAAUACUCCAACUUUAUAGGCACGAUUGUUUGGAAGACGGAACUGUUGUUUGGUUGAUCAGAUGUUAUUGUGAAUAUGAAUGCGUUUCGCUUUCGUUUUUUUACAAUAACUAUUGUGUAGUUGCGUGUAGCCACUUCAGGAGACGGUCUCCCUCUCCACUCAUUCAGCUUUAUUUAAAGAAAGAGCAUUUUUUUCAAAGGAACACAACAACCGACACACUUAGAAAGGACAG